AUGGUGCAAUUAAAAUCCUUCCUCUUGCUUCUUAAUGUAGCAAUCGCACGCUCCGCCCUUGUCUGGGACGACACUUACUUCUAUGGCCAGAGUCCCCCAGUGUAUCCCACGCCCAAUAUGUCCGGGGCUGGGAGCUGGGGACAUGCAUUAUCCAAGGCCCAACACCUGGUGUCCCAGAUGUCUUUGGAAGAGAAGGUCAGUCUCACCGGAGGAUCUAAGGACAGCAGGAAUGGCUGCGGGGGAAAUAUCCCCGCUAUUGAUCGCCUAGGGUUUCCGGGAAUGUGUCUCCAAGACGGUCCCAAUGGGAUCAAAGGUGUGGAGCUUGUUAAUGGUUAUCCAUCCGGUAUCCACGUUGGUGCUAGCUGGAACAAAAGCCUCGCUUAUAAGCAGGCAAAGGCUAUUGGAGGCGAAUUUAGGCGAAAAGGCGCCACUAUUGCCCUUGGUCCACCAGUUGUCGGUCCUCUUGGACGAAUUGCGCUUGGAGGGCGUAUUUGGGAAGGCUACACCAAUGAUCCAUAUCUUAGCGGUAUUCUGGCAGCUGAAGCGGUUCGGGGUGUACAGGAUAAUGGUGUCAUCUCAUGUGCGAAGCAUUUCGUGGGCAACGAGCAAGAAUUGCACAGGAACCCACGACCAGGAGGACCAGGGAACAGGACCGUUGAGGCCUCUUCCAGUAACAUGGAUGACAAAACCAUGCACGAGCUUUAUAUGUGGCCGUUUGCUGACGUUGUUCACGCUGGCGUUGCAAGUGUUAUGUGUGCCUAUCAGCGACUCAACAAUAGCUAUUCCUGCCAUAACAGCAAGGCCCUCAAUGGUCUUUUAAAAACAGAGCUUGAUUUCCAGGGGUUUGUAAUGAGUGACUGGGGCGCCCAGCAUACCGGUAUUGCAAGUGCAUUGGCCGGCCUGGAUAUGGUCAUGCCUUCUGGGAACAAAUACUGGGGCGCCAAACUUAUCGAGGCAGUGCGCAACGGGUCUGUACCUGAGUCACAGAUCACCAACAUGGCUACGAGAAUUAUGGCAGCCUGGUACCUUUCCAACCAGGACGACCCAAGUCUCCCGCCUGUCGGUGCUGGAAUUCCCGCGGAUUUUGAAAGGCAGCAUCCAGUUAUCGAUGCCCGGGACCCGCACGAUGAGAGCCUUCUCCUUGAGGGAGCCAUUCAGGGCCAUGUAUUGCUGAAGAAUGUCGACAACGCCUUGCCAUUGACAAAUCCACGUAUAUUAUCGAUAUAUGGGUACGAUGCGAAGGCUCCUGAUAGCAAUUUUGCACAGGCGGGCUUGAAUGACUGGACUCUAGGGCUUGAGUCACACGACUCUCGGACUGUUGUUUGCGGAUUCGCUUCUAUUGGGGGAGAUUGCCCCGAUUUCCCUCCCAUUGCCAUCAAUGGAACCAUAAUUAGUGGUGGUGGCUCCGCAGCAGUUACGCCUGUGUAUAUUAGCAGUCCUUUUCAGGCAUUGGAGGCCCGCGCACGCCAGGAUAAGACACAGUUAUUCUGGGACUUCAAAGGUACAGAGGCGGUGAAUUCAGAGGCAGAUGCCUGUCUUGUUUUCAUUAACGCGGCGUCUUCUGAGGGUGUGGAUCGACCAGCCUUGCGAGAUGAUUACUCCGAUGGAUUAGUCCUAGGUAUCGCUUCACGGUGCAACAACACUAUUGUCGUUAUACAUAAUGCCGGCGUCCGCUUGAUCGAUCAGUGGAUUGAACAUCCCAAUGUUACAGCAGUGAUAUUUGCACAUUUGCCCGGUCAGGACUCUGGAGAAGCCAUUACCCAGAUCCUAUAUGGUGAUGUAAGCCCCAGUGGAAAGCUUCCUUAUUCAUUACCUCGGAAUGAGUCAGAUUAUGGGUCGCUUCUCACCCCAGUAACAUUUACAGACUGGGACCAGCUUUUCCCCCAGGAUGACUUUGCUGAAGGUGUAUUUAUUGACUACCGAGCAUUCGACAUGAAGGGGAUCGCGCCGCGGUUUGAAUUCGGGUAUGGAAUGACAUACACAACAUUCAAGUACUCGAAUCUUACCAUCCGUUGGACUGUUGAUCCGUCUGAUUUGUCGGAGUAUCCUGAGGGGCCUGUGAUACCGGGGGGCAAUGCUGAUCUGUGGGAAAAUAUAGCUGCAGUAACAGCUGGCAUUACAAACACCGGUCAAAUGGAAGCUGCAGAGAUCGCACAGCUCUACGUUCAAAUCCCUGGGGAGGGUCAACCUCUUUUAGAGUUGAGAGGUUUUGACAAAGUGGCAGUACCUCCUGGCGAGACGAGAACUGUCGACUUCAACAUCAGACGUCGUGAUCUUAGUACUUGGGAUGUGGCUGCGCAGAAGUGGAAACUCAGCGUUGGGGCCCAAUACCCUGUUUUUGUUGGGUCUAGUUCCCGGAAAUUGUUGUUAAACGGGACGCUCUAUCUGUGA